CUCACUGCUGCGCCCGCAACAAGGCAUUGCGCCGUAGCUGGUUGACUCGCCCAUAAAGCUAGACAUCAGCACUGCACUUAGCUGCUUGCAUUAUGGCCUACUCACUCGCUGCCUUCUUCGGACUGGCUCUGACCGCGGUUGUCACGGUUUCGGGCGCAGUCUCCGGACAACAUUUAUCUCAACCGCUACCAUGGCCCGUGUUGUCGGUGCAGGAUUCUAAUCCAACCACUCCAUACACGGAGUACAACGCGGGCAUGUUUACACCAGUGGGGGAGCUCGGCGCGCUCACCGCAUCUGAGUUCACGACGCUUGCCCAUCCCGCGUUCCCUCGUCACAGUGUACGUGUCAAGCAGUCGCAUUUCUGCGACGAGUCCGUCAGGGCAUACACUGGUUACAUCGAUGUGGAAGCGCGCCAUCUGUUCUUCUACUUCUUUGAGAGCAGAGGGGACCCCGACACCGAUGAUGUCGUGUUUUGGACCAAUGGCGGUCCGGGUUCAUCGUCUUCAUAUGGACUCUUCAUGGAACUCGGCCCGUGUAGGAUAAACGGUCCAAACGCCACCGUUCCGUUUGAGUACUCCUGGACCAAGCACGCGAACGUGUUCUUCAUCGACCAGCCCGUUGGCGUGGGCUUCUCCUACGCGGAGUACGGGGAGAGCGUCGACAACACCAUCGACGCAUCUAAAGACAUCGCGGCCUUCAUCGCCAUCUUCUUCGAACACUUCACGAAAUUCAAGGGAAGGCCACUUCAUCUCGCAGGAGAGUCUUACGCGGGUCGUUACCUGCCUGUAUAUGCGUCUGCGAUCUACGACCAAAACGCAAAGCUAGUGGAGCGCGGAGUAGCCCCCGUGAACCUCUCGUCCGUCAUGAUCGGAAAUGGAGGGACAGAGUGGUUGUCUUUAAUACUUUCGUGGUACGACGCACGAUGCGCCGACCCCAUCUAUCCUCCCGUCGACGAUAUCGCCACUUGCGUAUACCUGAAGCAACUCGUCCCUCGAUGCCAGAAGCGUAUGCAGGCGGCUUGCAUCGAUCAGUUUGACAGAAUCGACUGUGCCGCGGCCUCCAAUUUCUGUUGGCAGCUUGGGGACGUGUAUGUGGGCGAGAACCCCACGCGUAACCCGUACGACCGUGCACGACCAUGCUCCGGCGCUCCUGACGGCUGUUACCCCGAAAUCAGCGACAUUCAGAGCUACCUAAGCCUCCCGGCCGUGCAAGAUGCGAUCGGCGUCGACCCUGCCGUGCGCGGCAACUUCAGCAUCAACUCCUGGCGCGUGAGCCUCGAGUUCAUCGCAGGCCUCGACUUGUACAGCUACCGCGCGGACCACUACCUCGCGGCGCUCCUCGAGCGCGGCGUGCGCGUGCUCGUGUACGUCGGCUCGAACGACUGGGUCGCUAACUGGAUUGGAAACGACCGCAUGACGCGCAGUCUGGAGUGGACCGGGAACGGGGCGUUCAGGGCGCAGCCGCUACGGGAGUGGUUUGUCGAUGGGGUGGCGGCGGGGUUGACUAGGAGCGGUGGUGGGUUGACCUUCGCGACGAUCGCGGACGCUGGGCAUCUGGCGCCAUACGACCAGCCGGUCCGUUCGUUGGCUCUUGCGAACCGGUGGCUGGCGAGGGAGGAACUGUGAUGUGGGUCCUCAAGAUACUGGUGUACCAGGACAUGACGUACGACUCGGACCAUAUCUUGAAUCGAGAAGGAGGGUCGGCAUGUUAUUACCGCUGCGCGAGGUCAUAUAUUGAGCGAGGGUACGAUAUCCUAUGCCAAUGGCCAAUCAUCAUGGCCGAGGCAUCCCAGAGAUCCACCGAAGCUGACGUGUAUACGGGAUGAUGGGACUUGGAGAAAUUUGUCAUGCAGCGCUACUAAGUGGCGGCGCCCACCUUCCGGUCUGCCUGGCCGUUAUCCACGCUCGACUGGCGCAGGCUACCGUCGUGAGAAUUGAUCUGGCCGCAAGAGGCGGAGUGUCAUCAUCGCCGUGAUUUCCAUGCAAUUGGCGAGACCUCGUACACUCAUAGCGUCGC